GUGCUGCCAGGGUGCCUGGUGUCAGUGCUGCUGGUGGUGGUGAGAUGCUGCUGGUGCCAUGGGCGGCUGGGGCAGGCAGGGUGCAGGUCCCCUCCCUGUGGUCACCCCACCUGCCCUGCCUCUUGACAGCAGCUGGCACAGCCGGACUUUGAGCUGCUUAUCAGUGGCGGAGGUGCCAGGAGAGGGGUGGAGGUGCCAGAGGUGCUACCCGAAGGGGUGUGGGGAGGGUGCACCCAGCUGCUUACCACAGUGGGUGCAGGCCCCAAAACCCCUCCGGCGGACCCCUCCGUUGGCUGCUAGCCCUGGCACUGUGCAGAGAUGAGCAAGUCAGGACAGUCCCUCCGGUGCUUCUGGGGGUGCUUGAAAAUGCCCCCUUGCGCCACCUGCCACAGGCGGGGCCGGGGCGCAGUGCCAGGACGGUGGCACGUGGUGUAGCUCCCUGCCCCCUCCGGCCCCACGGCAGGGCUCGGCGUCACCACCGGCACCCUUCGCCCGGCCCCGCAUUAAUGAUCCACCCGCCCGUGCCGCUGCCGCCGCCGCCGCCAGCCCCCAGCAGCCGCCCCGGCGAGCUCCGCCUGCUGCCAGCGGUGGUGGCGGAGCAGGGGGUCCUCGGCGCGGGCGGCUCCGGAGGCCGGCGGCUCCCUGCCCCCUGCCCCACCCCUCGCUGCCAGCACCCGAGAUAAGAGCGGCUGCGGGCAGCACCCAUCCGGGUGGGAGAGCUGGGCCAUGGCGGUGGCCACGGUGAACCUCCGUGCCCUCACCUCCUGGGUGGGCAUCGCCCGGCUCUUGGCCGUCCUGCUCUCCUGCCUCGCCUUCAGUUUGGUGGCCUCCACCUGGAGCUUCGGGGGUCCCUACGGGACGUGGUGCAUGUUCACCUGGUGCUUCUGCUUUGCCGUGACGCUGCUGGUGCUGCUGCUGGAGCUGCUGGAGCUCUACCCCGCGCUGCCGCUCUCCUGGGACGACUUCACCUCGGCCUUCUCCAUGCUGGCAGCCCUGAUGAUCUUCACCACCUCGGUGGUCUACCCCUCCACCUUAAUCAGCAGCCCCUGCCGCGGCAGCGUAUGCGCCCGGCAGGCCGUGGCCACCGCCGCCUCCUGCCUGUGCUUCCUGGCCUACGCCCUCGAGGUGGGGCUCACCCGUGCCAAGCCGGGAGACAUCAGCAGCUUCCUCUCCACCGUGCCCGGGCUCCUCAAGGUCUUCGAAGCCUACGUGGCUUGUCUUAUCUUCUCCCUGCUGGAUGGAUACGCUUCGAAACCAGGCCUGCAGUGGUGCGUGGCUGUCUACUCCAUCUGCUUCAUCAUCACCUUCCUCAUCAUCAUCUUCACCAUCGGCCGCUGCCUCAGCUACAUGCCCUUCCCCCUGGAGAAGAUGCUGGUGGGCUACAAUGCCCUGGCCUUCCUGAUGUACCUCACAGCCACCAUCCUCUGGCCCCUCUACAGCUUCAAGGGCUAUCCGCGCCCCAGUCACUGCAACAAGGACUGCCUGUGGAACAAGUUCCUGGGGGUCACCUUCCUCACCAUCUUCAACCUCAUCGCCUACCUGGUGGACCUGGUCUACUCCAGCAGGAUGGUCUUCAUCAGGACACCUACCUAAGGCUUCUGGAUGGACCCGGUGGGGUGAAGGGUGGUGGGAUGCAGCUGGCUGCCGGCAUGGGGCUGCCAGGGGAGCUGAGGAAGAGGCUGGGUGCCUCGGAAAGCUCCUCCUGCCUACAUCGUGGGGUGCUCCUGGCCACGGGGGCCCAGGGAACCAGCUUGGAGAGCCCAGGGUCUUCCCAAAACCCUGGAGCUGGGUGGAAUCUGGGAUUAAAUUGGGUCUUUUUUCACAUGA